AUCAUGGCUGCCCCCAGUCGGAAGAAUGUCUUGAGACUAUUGUCCCGGUUCGGGGCGAUUAUUCUAACCCGGUUCGGGUUCUGGAACUGCUUCAGCAUGCUGAUGUUGUUUGCGGAGCGGGCAGAUGUCAACAGGAAGCCUGAUAUUAAUAUGCCGUAUCUGUAUGUCGAUAUGGGGGCGGCUGUACUGUGUGCCAGUUUCAUGUCCUUUGGGGUGAAGAGGAGGUGGUUUGCGUUGGGUGCUGCCCUGCAGUUAGCUGUCAGCACCUACGCUUCCUACAUCGGAGGACAGGUGUACUAUGGCGACUGGCUAAAGGUGAGGAUGUACUCCAGAGCGAUUGCCAUCAUCGGGGGCUUCCUGGUCCUGGCCAGUGGGGCAGGGGAGGUGUACCGGCAGAAACCCCGCACAAGGUCGCUGCAGUCGACAGGCCAGGUCUUCAUAGGCAUCUACCUGAUCUGCGUGGCCUACUCGCUGCAGCACAGCCAGGAGGACAGGCUGGCCUACCUGAACCACAUCCCCGGGGGCGAGAUCACUUUGCAGCUGCUCUUCGUCCUCUAUGGCGUGUUGGCCCUCUCCUUCCUCUCGGGCUACUACGUCCACCUCGCCUCCCAGAUCCUGGCCAUCCUCCUGCCACUGGUGCUGCUCUUCAUCGACGGCAACGUCGGCUACUGGCACCACGACCGCCACGUGGAGUUCUGGAACCAGAUGAAGCUGAUCGGGCAGAACGCUGGGAUUUUCGGGGCCGUCCUCAUCUUGGCUACGGAUGGCUGAGCUUCUUGGGAGCUGUGGGGCAGCUGGAAGAGAGGAUGUGCAGAGAGGUUCUGGAACCUAUUGCUAUUACGGCAUCUGCACCCUUGCUGCCGACACAGUCAGGACAAGAUCCAGUUGGCAGGGGCUCGGCUCAGAUGGCCUCGUCGCGGAUCGACGGAAACCUUCUUUAUCUUCUUAUUUCAACCAUAAUCUAAGACUGGGAAGUGAAUAGAAGUCAACAUCUAAAGAAUUUGGUCUUCAUGUUUACAGUUCUUAUGAAUGUGAAGCAUUGUUUCACUGCUUGUUUCAUUUCUGGGACGCAUAUUAACCCACCUUCAGGGUGAUCAAUAAUAGACUGGCUGUCAUAUCGAGAGCUGAAUUGUACGGCGGCUGCAAGACAACCCUCAGGAAAAACGCAGGGAAACCGUUUUUCUUGAGAUGCACACCUCACUCUUGAAUGUCACACUUUUUAAAAAUGUGUAACAACAAAGCCAUCCUGACUCUUAUUUUCUUCUGAUGGUUUAUGCUCUAUUGAAACAAUAAGGCAUGAUUAAAAUUAGCACUACCUUUUUUUACUUGCCUGUGUUGAUCACCUUAAACAUGUGCAGUUAGCAGAACAGUUUUAUCAAUGCCUGGAUUCAAUGUUGACGGAUUUAAUCCUACAAAGGAACAAGUAAGUAUUCCCUUCUGAAAAGAGAAGAAAAAACAAGUUUCAGGCGUGAAGCCUUCUUCAGA